CGCGUCGGCAGCCGUUCUCCCGCCGCCCUCGGAGCCCGGCGCGCCGGCCGGGGCCGCUCGGGUGCAGAAGAUGAAUAAUCUUUCAUUUAGUGAGCUAUGCUGCCUCUUCUGCUGUCCACCUUGCCCAGGAAAAAUUGCUUCAAAAUUAGCAUUUUUGCCACCCGAUCCAACUUACACACUGAUGUGUGAUGAAAGUGGAAGCCGCUGGACUUUACACCUGUCAGAAAGAGCAGAUUGGCAGUACUCUUCGAGAGAAAAGGAUGCUAUUGAAUGCUUCAUGACUAGAACCAGUAAAGGCAAUAGAAUUGCUUGUAUGUUUGUGCGUUGUUCACCCAAUGCCAAAUACACUUUACUUUUCUCACAUGGAAAUGCUGUCGAUCUUGGUCAGAUGAGCAGCUUUUACAUAGGUCUGGGAUCACGGAUUAAUUGUAAUAUAUUCUCAUAUGAUUACUCUGGAUAUGGUGCAAGUUCUGGGAAGCCAACAGAGAAGAACCUCUAUGCAGAUAUCGAAGCUGCAUGGCUAGCUCUCAGGACAAGAUACGGCAUUCGUCCUGAAAACGUGAUUAUAUACGGCCAGAGUAUAGGGACAGUGCCCUCUGUUGAUCUCGCUGCUCGGUACGAGAGUGCUGCUGUUAUUCUUCACUCUCCCUUGACCUCGGGAAUGCGAGUUGCUUUUCCUGACACCAAGAAGACCUACUGCUUUGAUGCAUUCCCAAAUAUUGACAAAAUCUCUAAGAUAACCUCUCCAGUAUUAAUAAUUCAUGGAACUGAAGAUGAAGUCAUUGACUUUUCACAUGGCCUCGCAUUGUUUGAGCGCUGCCAAAGACCUGUGGAGCCUCUGUGGGUUGAAGGCGCAGGACACAAUGAUGUAGAACUCUAUGGACAAUACCUUGAAAGGUUAAAACAGUUUGUGUCACAGGAACUGGUAAAUUUGUAAAGUACUCUGUAAAUUUGCAAACUGGGUUUGUUUUUUUUUCUUUUUUGCUGUACUACACUUCUUGGUAAAUAACAUAAAACCUGAAGGUUUUGUUUGCAAAUCAUGUGAGUUGCCUUCAUAAUGUACAGGUAAUGAUUUGUUAACAGGCUUAAUGAAGGUUUUAAUUACCAGAACUAAAAACUGGAAAUAACAGUAUCAUGUAGUCAAGCUGUGUAAUUUAUAUUUUUUCUGUGAAUUUUUUUUAAACAUCAAGAUGAGUACUGUAUAAAAUUUUAAAUCUAUAAAAUCAAAUGCUGUAAAAGUAUUGCUAAAUGCUUUUGCACACCUAAAGCAAAUUUAUAAAUAUUUUUUAAACAUCUCAAUGUACUAAAUCUUAUCCUGAUAUACAAAUAUAAUAUUCUUUCAAAAAGCUGUAUAUCUAAAGCAAUUCAAGUACUCAGAGUAAACUGUUAAAAAAAAUAUGAAAACAUGCAAGUUAACUAGAGUUGACCUAAACCCUGUUGUACAGGGAUAGAGGCUUAAAUGGUUAUUUUAUUGUAAAAUACAUUGGCUUUUCUGUAUUCUCUGGUUAUAAUACAUUUAUUCUUUAAAAAAAAAAAAACUUAAGUUUUAAGCCAUCUGUUAAUUUACCAAAUCAUUUGUUUCCUUGUAAAUGAGAGGUCAUGAUGGCACUGCAUUUUAACUAGCUUUGGUUUUUAAGUUUGGUACUGUGAGACAACUACUUAACAUUUUCAUUUAGUUAUUUAAAAGGUAUUUAGGGCUUCAAGAAUGAUUUUGUAUGCAAUGUUGUUUUAAAUUUUGGCUAAUCUCAUAGAACUGUAGUAGUGUACAUGAUAUGACUACUUGAAAAUUUGUUAGUUGUUCUUCCAAAGACUGGCCAUUUGAUCCCUUCCCACUUGGACUGUUUUUAAGAAUAGGGCCUGUAUUCUUUUGGAUUACUAUCUGAGAAUUUCAUGGAUACACUCCUAAUUAUAGGAGAUAAGAAAACAUUUAAUAAGUUUUAUAUUAACCAGUAUAGUAAAACAUAAAGCUCUCACACAAAAACUAAGUUGCCUUUCCUUGAAUGACUCCUGCCUGAAUAAAAAAAAGAAAGAAAAAUAAAAAUAAAACUAAUGGUAUGUAGUCUAAUUUGUAAUGAAUGAAAAUUGAAAUAAUACACACUGUGGAUAUAUUUUAAGGCCUUAUGUAGUUUUAAUUGUCCUGCUUGUUCUCUGGUUAUGUCUAAGCUAUAGUAUAUGAUUCUCCUCAAAGUAUAUCAAGUAUUGUGAAUGCUUUGGUUCAGAUGUGUCAAAUGAACAGUAAAACAACAAAUGUAUCACUCA